AUUAAUACAGCGUAAAGCAAACAAAUCAUUUGAGCGAAUAAACAUACUUGAGCAACGCGAUAUAUUUAUCACCAAUAAAACAAGCGUGCGUCCAUUUUUUUACUCAGUUUUUUGUCGACAAGCCACGAUGGUACGUGCAUGGUAUAUGGAAGGCGAUGGAUUGGAUAAUCCAAGGGACGAACAUCAGAGACUACCUCCGAAAUUCAUCACCUUAGAAGAUUUAUACAAAGUAUCUGGCGUGGAACAUCACGCGCUAAACGUCGACACGUACGAAGGCGACGGGUCUUUGGAAAAAAUUAAAGAAGAAAGGGGUUAUGAGUAUGAAGAUGUGCAGGAAACUCCAGGGGAGGGUGACCUACAAGACUUCUACACAGAACAUCUUCAUGAAACUGAAGAGAUAAGAUUCGUAUUGGAAGGGUGCGGAUAUUAUGACAUAAGAGAUAAUAAUGACGAAUGGAUAAGAGUUGAAGUUGUAAGUGGUGACUUAAUUAUAGUGCCGGGGGGUUGCUAUCAUCGAUUUAUGUUGGAUCAUACGAAUUCCUUCAAAGCAAAACGCCUGUUUAUAAAGGAUCCUCAAUACAAAGCUUUUAAACGCCCUGCGGACAACAUGGAUUGUCGUCAAGAAUAUCUUCAAAAAUUAGAAAAUGGAAAUUUUGAAAUUGAAAGUUAGACAAUGUAAAUAUGUAUGUAAAAUAUUAAACACAAACAAAUAAAUCAUUUUAAUGUUAAA